AACAUGGCUGACGAUGUCAAGGAAAAGUGACUGAGCCUUUAUCAUUUUUCAACAUCAUUGCCCAUCUCUCUCAGAAUGCUGAUGUCAUUUUUUAGAUAUGUAUAGAGGCCGCCAGAAAUAAGGGUUGUAUUUGUGGAAAAUUGUGUAGCUUAGCGCAAUCAGCCUUGAAAUAUAUAGUUAAGCCAAGAGAGCGUUGUUGUUGUAUUGACAGGUUAUUGUGAGUGGCACAGACAGAUGAUACUGCUGGGUUCACUAUGGCAAAUGGGAUGUACAUACCAAAGAAGUGUGGAGUGAAGUUUGACCCACCAGCUAUAGUAUUAAGCUAUGAAGUGAAGGCGACGGGCAAGUUACACAGGAGGACAAUGCCCUUACGCAGUUUCACCAAAAACUCUGCUGUGGCCAAAGCAGUGGAAGACCUCAGGACUUGCCCCAGACACAAGAAAUAUCUGGACGGUGUAACUGCUGUGCAACUUGAACGCCUUGUGACAAUCAUCAAGGACAAGUUGAAUGGAAUGAGUUUAGAGUCCAGCAUUGCCAAAAAUCAACAGAUGGAUACGAUUAACCCAGAGGAAGAUUUGAACAAAGUCGAUGAAGAUACCUUGCGGAGAAAGAAAGCUGCCAUGGAAUCAACCUUUGAAAAGAAUCGCAAGAAACCUGGUGAUUCAGACUUUCAGUAUGACAUUGAGGUGGAAUUUGAUGAUGGUCCCUUGGAAUCAUGUGAUUGGGAUUCUGAUGGAUCAGAUCCCAUAUUUUAGACUUUAAUAACAGUGUUUAUUUUAUUAUAAUUUGUUCAGUGCCUAACCCUGAGCAUUUUAAUGAUAUUGUCUCAUGUGCUUUUUAUGCAUUUCACUCCUGUUAUUAACUGUAUUGUUUACAUAUACUUUAAAGUUAAAAUAAGUACAUGUUUUGUCUUUAAACUGAAAGAUCACUCUAAAGUGAAGCCUAUAUCAGAUGGAAAGACCUUUAAAAACUGUCCAAGGAACUAGUUUGAUUUUUUUUUUUUUUUUUAGAAUUUUUC